AUGACUAUUUCUAUCAUUUACGUCCUAUUCACUUUGUUUGAUAUUUCAAAAUCCCAUUAUGAAAUCUAGUAUCAUUUCUUAGACAAAAAUGAGGUAUUUACUAUAUAAACUGGAUUAACCUCAUUUUUGUAUUCAGGAGAAUUUACAUUGCCUUCAACCACAGCAACUGCAAAUUUUGUCACUUGUACAACUCCUCACACUAGUUAUCUAACUUUAAGUAAUGAUUAUCCAUCCAACCAAAAUCAUUUUUAAUACUUUUACAGGAAUGGAGAUUGGAUAACUAUGGAUUUAUAUUUUCAGGGUACAUGGUCUUCUGAAAAAGUUUAAUUUACGCUUGGAUCAUUUUCAUAUUCAUAUACUUACACAUCCCCUACUAUUUAUUCAAUGGCAACCGGAUUUUGUGACACAACUCUUUUUUAACUUAAAACUUUAAAUUUUACGCUAUAAUUAGCACAAAGUACAGCUUAAGAUAUAAUUAAAUUUACAUCCACAAAUACAAAUGAAGGAAUGGUUUCACUUAGAAAUAUUUAUGUCUCUUCACUAAAUUGCUAUCCAUCCUGUGCUUUAUGUACAGGUUCAAAGUACAAUUAAUGUACAAGUUGUUAUUAUGGGGCUCCAACAGCCAACAUUUGUCCUCCUUGUCCAUCAAACUAAUACUAUUAGAAGUAUAGAGGAUGCCGAGACAUUUGUGAUAUCUAUUACCCAUUCUACUCCAAUGGAUUUUGUUAAAAAUAUUCAAGUAACUAUUGUAAAUUGAUAUUUUCUUAGUUUUUCAAAUAGAUGAUGGUUAUUUUACACCACCUUCCAUUUACACCGAAAAUUUGAAAUGGUAGUUGAUAUAUGACCAACAACAUUUAGAUAAAUCUCCAACUCUUAUUUAUAUUGGUAGUUAAUUUGGAUAUGGAAUAUUUAAGUUUAAUUUUGGAAUUUAUAGAUACUUCAAUGAAUUAUCAACUUAUUCUUAUUCAACCUACUUAAUUGGAUUUUAAAUUUCAAUUAUCCUUUAUAAUGAUAUUCCAAUUAAUUGUGGAAUAUAGUUUAAGCUUAAUAAUACUUAUUAUGGAUCUAUUUAUAGAAAUAGCUCUGGGUUGCAAACCCACUAAUUAAAAAUCUUUUUAACAAAGGAUUAUGGAUCAUAUUUAACAUAUUCGAAAAGUACAAGAUGUGAAUUAAUUUUCUAUUAUGACAUUCCAAAAUAUUCAUUUCUAUUUUCAGCAAUAGGAAACUACACGUAAAUAUCAUUUAUCAAACUUAGCGAUGGCACAGCAGGGUGGGGAAUUAUAGAAGUCUAAACUACCUAAGGAUACUGUUCCUUAUUUUGUUUAUUAUGUGAAGUAUCUUUUAAAUGUAAAACUUGUUAAAAUGGAUAUUAUUUGUAUCGAGACGGUAUGUGCGUAUCCAGUUGUUUAUAUCCGUAUUAAAAAUUAAAUGGCUCUUAUUGCUAAGAUUAUGACGAUGAAACACCAUGUACUUUAUUAUAUUAUUAGUAGACUCUGAAUAUUUGGUUAAGGAAUAUAUAGAUUCAUCAGGUGACCCAGGAUAAUAUGCAAAAUAUUCUUUAAUCUCUCAAAGUGGAUCAAACUUUUUAAAAGGAUCAGAUAUCUAUUUUUCAUAUAGGGAGGGAUAUAGAAUCUUUGGAGGACCUUUUGUAUGGGCGUAGGCUAAAUUCUAAAGGAUUCAUGACAUAACGUCUCCCCAUCAUAGUGUUACUAUUGCAUUCUAUAUUGUAUAUGGACCGUCAUUCCCUUCAGAUGGGAAUUUUAUAUAUACGAUUGAAAAUUAUACGCCAGUUUCCAAAUCAACUACUAGUUUUUAUAGAUUGUAUUCUGAUGGUUCAAAAGACGAUAAAGUAUAUGAAUAAAUCACUCAUAUUUCAAAUACAUUAACAGUCACUUGGGAAUGCUUUGGACCAAAUAACGAACCAAUUAUGGCUUAUUGUGGAUUCUUUAAUUAUUAUAUUGCAGUUCAUAAUUGCUAACCUUAUUGUUUAUAAUGUUCAGAUUAAUCUUCAUGUACUUCGUGGAACAGCACUUAUAAUUCCAAUAUCAUUAAAUUUUCUGAAGAUGUGUGUUAGAAUAAUCAAUAUUAUGAUAAAGAAUCUGUGUAAUGUUUAAAUUGCCCAUAAUCUUGUUUAACAUGUACAUCUAAAUUAGAUUGUUAAACAUGUUAAUCAACUUACACUUAAUCUAAAUUAGGAUGUACCUGCACAAUGCAUUAAUAUGAAGAAUCAAAUAAAUGUUUUGAUUGUCCAAUUGAAUGUAAUUAAUGUUUGAAUUUUAAUUAUUGUAUAGAAUGUUUAAAUAGUAAUUAUAGGCAAUUCUCAAAUGGGUAAUGUAUAUGUAUUGAUGGAUAUUAUCCAAUUGCAUCAAAUCCUUAAUGCUAAUUAUGUAAUAAAUUGUGCAAAACUUGUAUUGGACCAACUUCUGAUGAAUGUUUAACUUGCAAUAAUAUUGUGAAUAUUGAAAUGGUAGGAUCAACGUGUAAAUGUCCAGAGGGAAAAUCUUAUUAAGAUGCAACACAAGCUUGUAUGUCUUGUCAUUCAUCGUGCUUAACUUGCUUUAGGUUAACAAUUGAUGGCUGCUUAACAUGUGAUUCUACUUUAAAUCGAAUAUUAAAAGGCUUAAAAUGUGUUUGUGCGCCUGGUUAUUAUGAGUUAAGUAAUAUUUGUACAAGUAUAUAUUUAUUUAUCAUAUUAUAGAUUGUCCAAUUACAGAAAAUUCCUCUAUGAGCGAAUGCUAUAAAUUAUGUAAUAAUAAUUAAUAAUUAUGGCAUACAAUUGCUUGUAGCUCUUGCGAUACUGGAUUUGAAUUAGUAUCUGGAGAAUGUCAACCAAUUUGUGGAGAUUCAUAGGUAAAAGGAAAUGAACAAUGCGAAGAUAAUAAUACUAUUCUUAAUGAUUUAUGCUUUAAUUGUUAAUUUUAGUGUCCAGCUCAUUGUUUAACUUGUGAUUAAUCAACUACAUUGCCUUGUCCUGAUGUUUGUGGGGAUGGAAUUAUUACAGGAUUUGAAGAAUGUGAAGAUGGAAACACUAUUUAAUAUGACGGUUGUUAUAAUUGUAAAUAUUAAUGUUAACCUUCAUGUACAAAGUGUAUAAAAGGACAAUGUUUUGAGUGUGCAACUGCUGGUUGGUAUAUUGAUCCAACUGUUACUCCUUGGUAAUGCAAAGAAAUAUGUGGAGAUUUACUAAUAGUUGGAAGUGAAUAAUGCGAAGAUGGAAAUACUUAUGAUUCAGAUGGUUGCAAAGAUUGUAGGUAUUCCUGUAGAAUUGGUUGUUCUUCUUGUAAUUAUACAACCAAAGAAUGCUUAAGUUGUGAAUUCCCUGGGUUUACUCCUAUCUCUUACUAUUGUAAAAAUUUAUGUGGAGAUGGUAUAGUUGCAGUAGAUCCUUCUGGAUUCUAUUCAGAGCAAUGUGAGGAUGGUAAUACAAUUAAUAAUGAUGGCUGCAGUAACACUUGUUAAUUUUAAUGUUAGCCAACAACUAUUUGCACAAGUUGCAUAAGUAAUAGAUGUGAAAUAUGCGCCACUGGAUAUUAUCUUUCUAAUCAAAAAGUAUGUAUACCAAUUUGUGGAGAUUCUAUAUUUGUCCCUGAUGAACAAUGUGAGAGUUCAUUGAUAUUACCAUAUAAGGGUUGUUAAAAUUGUUAAAUAAAAUGUCAAAAUUCUUGCCUCACUUGUAAUACUACUGAACUAGGUUGUUUAUAAUGUAAAACUGGUUACAAUAGAAUCGAUUAUUUAUGUUAUUCAAUAUGUGGCGAUUAAAUAAUAACUGAAGAUGAAGAAUGUGAUGAUGGCAAUUUAAUUUAUGGAGAUGGAUGUUAUUUCUGUCAAUUUAAUUGCUAGGAUUCAUGUCUUAAUUGUUUAAAAGGGAUCUGCUAUGAUUGUUAAGAAGGCUAUCGAUUAAUAUAAUCUAAAUGCUACUCUAUAUGUGGAGAUGGUCUUUAGAAAUAUAAAGAAUAAUGUGAUCUAAACGCCUCAUUGCAGAUAUAUCAAAAUUGUCAAUCUUGUUAAUUUACUUGCGAUUUGAAUUGCGUCUAGUGUUAAUUUGGUAUAUGUUAACAAUGCAUAGAAGGAUAUGAGUUAUCUUCAAACUAAAAAUAUUGUAUUAAGUCUCUAUAAUAUAAUCUUAUGAUAAUUGAAAACUGUGGUAUCCAAAUUGGGAACAUUUGCAUUAAAUGUGACAAUAAUGCCUACUUUGAAAAAAUCGAAUAGAAAUGCAAUUUAACAGUAGCUCCUUUAAGCUUUUGUCAAUAUUAACUUAAAUUAUCUCCUAAUUUAUAUUGCAAUCACUGUUUUGAUUACUGUGCAGCUUGUAAUUAAAAUAAUUGUAUAGAAUGUCAAAAUGGGUAUUAUUUAGAUGUAAACUUUUUUUGUAUUUCACAUUGUGGAGAUGGAAUACUCGCACAUGAUGAACAAUGUGAAAUUUAUGAUAAAAAUUGUUUAAGUUGCAUGUUAGAUGCUCCAAAAAAAUGUGAAUUAUAUUUUAAAGAUUAAUGCUUUGAAUGUGAAUAUGGAUUCUAUUUUAAUUAGUAUAAUAAUGCAUGUGAAUCCUAGUGUGGAGAUGGAAUUAUAGUUCACGAUGAAGACUGUGAAGAUAAUAACUAUAUAGAAUUUGAUGGUUGUUAUUAAUGUAAAUAUUCUUGUAGUUAAUUCUGUAUAAAUUGUUUAGAUGGGGUAUGCUAAUAAUGUGAUCAAUAUUAUUUACUUAGGGAUGGAUUUUGUUAUGGUAAACAUAAUCAAAUUGAUUUAUUUCAAGAUUGUUAAUUUAACUUAAAUGGAAAUUGUUUAAUUUGCAAGGAAGGUUAUCAGCUGAAUGAGUAUGGUGAUUGUAUUCCUAAAUGUUCAUAAAGCUGCCUUCAUUGUUAUAAUGGUUAAUGUUAUUAAUGUGAAGAACAAUAUGAACUUAAUUAGAAUAGAUGCUUUUUGAUCUAGUAAUGUUAAAUAGGUUUGUAUUUUAAUUAAGAUUUAUAAAUUUGUUAAUCUUAAUGUGGUGAUGGAUAUAUAACUGAAUGGGAAGAAUGCGAUGAUUAAAACAUAGAAAAAUUUGAUGGUUGCUUUUAGUGCAAAUAUGAAUGUGAUGAUAAUUGUGUUUAAUGUAUAUAUGGAGAAUGUUUUCAAUGUUCUUAAGAAUUUGUUUAAGUUGAAAAUAAAUGCUUAUCAAAAUGUUAAGACAUUUGUCUUAAUUGUAUCUAAGGAGCAUGUUAAUUAUGCAGUGGUGGUUAUUUCUUGAAUGAAUAUUUUAUUUGUAUCAAAAUUGACUGUGAAUAUGAUUUCAGUUGUACUUCAUACUGCGGAAAUGGCAUUAUAGACGAUAUGGAAUAGUGUGAUGAUCAAAAUCUAUUUAAUGAUGAUGGUUGUAACAAUUAUUGUGAAUAAACUUGUGAUGUUAAUUGCACACGUUGUAUUGAUGGUGUGUGUUUUGAGUGUAAAGAAGGUUGGAAAUUAGAUUCAUUCUUUUGUGAUCCAAUUUGUGGAGAUUUAAUUGUUGUUGGAAAUGAAGAAUGCGAUGACGGUAAUUAGAUUAGUGUUGAUGGGUGCUUUUUAUGUAAAUUAUAAUGCACUCAAAACUGUGAAAAUUGUUUGUAUGGAAUAUGUCAAUCUUGUUAGCAAGAUUAUGAGUUUGAUUCAUUAAAUAAUUUAUGUAGACCAAUUCAAUCCUUACUUACAAGCUAUGAUAAUCUAGAUUGUAAAUUGCUAACUAAUAACUAAUGUAUUCUUUGUUAAUUUGGGUAUCUUGAUUAGAUUACCAGCACUUGUAUAAUUGAUUAUAAUAUGAACAAAUGCUUUAAGAAUUGUAAAGAGUGUGUACUUUCGAAAUGCUUAGAAUGUGAAUUUGGUUAUUAUGGAAACAAUUGUAUGCCUAAAUGUGGAGAUGGUAUAAUAGUCUAAGAGGAGGAAUGUGAUGAUGGAAGUGAAUACUAAUUAGACACUUGCUUAAAUUGUUAGUACUAAUGUCCUCAAUAUUGUUAGUCAUGUGCUUAUGGCAUUUGUACUAAUUGUUUUUCAGGGUUCUAUUUGGAUAUUGUAAGUAAUUCAUGCAAUUCUGAUUGCGGUGAUUAAAUACUUGCAAGUGAUGAAGUUUGUGAUGAUGGCAAUCAAUUGGAAUUUGAUGGUUGUUUCUAGUGUAAAUAUUAAUGUCAAAAUGAGUGUUUAGAUUGUUCAUUUGGAAAGUGUAGGUAAUGUGAAGAACCACUGGUACUUGUAUAAUCAAAAAUUAUUUGUGAAUAACUAAAAUCAUGUGAAGAUUUAAUAGGAUAUUAUUAUGAUAAUAACAGUAAUGAUUGCUUACCACUUUGUGGGGAUGGUAUUGUAGCAGGCAAUGAAUAGUGUGAUGAUGAAAAUGAUGUACCUUUUGAUGGAUGUUAUGAAUGUAAAUUUUAAUGUACAAAAUAUUGCCAAGUAUGCAAAGAUAGUAUAUGCUUUGAAUGCGAUAAAGAUUAUACCUUAGAUAAUAACGAAUGUAUUUUAAAUGGAUAAUAUGAUGAUCUUAAUUCGAGCAUAGAUAAAGAAACCUACAAUUAAGAUAAAAGUAGUAGUAAUGGUACUGGUAGUAACAAUACAAGUAGUUAUUAGAAAAAUCCGGAAUGGUCAUCGUUAAAAGGAAAUAUGAUAUGCCGCGAAAAUGAAUGCGUAUACUCUAAAUAUCCGAGCAUGUUACUUACUUAUAAUUUGCAAUCCUUUGCUCUUUAGUAUGUUGAAAUUACAUUUGAUUAAGAAGUCAAAUUUAGUGAUUAGUUUGAAAAAGACAGAAAUCUAUUUGACCUUAGCAUAAUUGAUUUAGAUUCCCAGCAUUAUAAUAUCACGAUCAAUUCAAUUUAGGAUAUCUCAUUUGAUCUCCAACAUGCUUAGUAUAUGGUUUAAAUUGAAUUAUUUUUACAACUUUAAACAAGACCAGUUCUUCUAGUUUAGUUGAAUCAAGAAAUUGUUAACUCAAACGAUUAACCACUUUCUUCACCUAAUUAAUCAAUUACUCUAUAAAUACCAAAAAUACUCUCAAAAUAAUUGAAAUAAAUAUCUAGUUAUGCUUAAUAAUCCAAUAAAGCAUUUAUGAUUGGAGCAAUAGCUAUUUGUGUAAUUUCUUUAGUGUCUGGUGAAAGUUCAUUUGUUGUUGAAACCCUGAAUAUUUUGUAAUAUCAAUCUUUCUUAAGAUUUAUUAAUGUUGACUAUCCUGAAAACCUCUUCAUCUACUUUUAAGCUUAAGAAUUGCUAUCUAUUUCAAAUUAUAUAUAAUUUUUUUAACUUGAUGAUUAUUUAAAUUUAAUAACAAGAAAAGAAUAAUAAAUUGAUCUGAAUGGAAAAUUUUAAGAAUAUAAUAUAGAAGCUGAUCUAUUUACCAAUAUUUUGCCUCAAUUAAUUUAAUGUUUAUCGUUGGUAACACUACUUUUAUUUGCAGAAAAUCUUUAUUAUAUAUUUUUUAAGUUAAGUAAAUAUAUGAAAUAUCUUUAAUAUCAAGAAACUUUAUUCUCAAAGAUUUAAUAUACAGUGAUUAAUUUAAUACUAUUUUUUUAAAAAUGGCAUCAGAUAAUUAAUGAAAACUAAAUAUCUAAAGAAUUAUCGUUAAAUAAUUCAACUUAUUUACGUUAACUCAUGGGAUUUGAUAUUUAAAGUGAUUUUAUAGCUUCACAGUUAUCAAAUCGAUAAUUUGAGAAGUAUUUUAAGCACUUUUUCUGCAGGCUUAAUAUUCUUCUUAUGCUUAAGUUUGUUGUUAAAAUCUUUCAUUUUAUGCAGCGAUCCAAAGUAAAAAAAAUUGAUAGUUUAUCUAAACAUAAAAUUUAUUGCCUUAGAUGUUUCCAGAACUAUGAUAUUCCAUAUUUUAUUAAUACUAUUCUAAGAGUAACAAAUUUUGUAAUGCUUGCUAAUAUCUAUCAGUAGUAUAACUUAAUGUUUUAUAAUCUACCAAUAUAAAUCAUGUUCUUAUUUGGAUAAGAUUAUAUUUUUAGCAAUUGAAGGUGCUUUAGCACUAUUUAGUUUAAGCUCAUUUUUAUAUUUUGAUAUUGAUUAGGUUUAUAUUUCUUAUGAGAACAAAGUUACUUUAGGCUUUACUCAGAUGGCCUUAUUGAUUAUGAGCCUUGGAAUAGUUUUUGCAAAAUAACUAUAUCUGAAAAUCAAAUAGGCUUUGAGAUUAAUAUGCAACAAAAAGGAACAGAAAUUUUCAAGCAGCAAAUUAUUUUUGUGA